AAGCAGAAUUUUCUCCGUUUGCGCCUGUUGUGAAGCAUUUCAGAGAAUUACUGCUCAGUAUUCUCCGUUACUUCAGUCAUGAAGGGCCCCAGUGCUGAGGCCGACGUAAUGGAGGUAACAGAAGAGAGUACAUCAUUACCUACCCACCUAAACAACGAUGACCUCCCACCUUACCUACAGGAGGAGCCACCUGAAGAUUUGGAGAAGGACCACCCGAAGACCGAAGCCGGCGUGGUCUGGAGGAUGACCGGCGGCCUCUUUAAUUUCACCAAAGGAGCUGUGGGUGCCACCCUGGGGGGCGUGGCCUGGGUGGGCAGCAAGAGUUUUGAGCUGACCAAGACGGCCGUGACGAGCGUCCCGGCGGCCGGCGUGGGAUUGGUCAAGGGCAGCGUUUCCGUGGUAACGGGAGGAGUCGGGGCGGUGGGCUCGGCCGUGGCCGGUAAAGUCACGGCGAAGAAAAAGGACAAGUCUGAUUAGCGUGGCGGCUAUCGUCUCUGAGCGCGUCUCUUUGCUUUAUGUUUCCGUUAGCGGGCGAGCGGUUGGUCGCUCUCUUUCCUGGUGCAUGAUGCUGUUUAUUAUUUGAUUUGGCUGAAGUCGCCCUUUGGAGAGAAACGAGGGUUUGAUUAAAGCUCCGUCGGUCUGUUUGCACUACCCCAAAACUUACCCAGAACGGCAUGAAGGGCAACUUCAGCUAACAGCAUCAAGCCACCGCUGUAGCCUUUAAUGAUCGGGAUCUUCUUGCUUUUAUUCUUUUUAUUUUUGUUUGUAUUCUGGCUAAAGGCAAAAUAUUUAGGUCCAUUCAUUCAUGUGACAAUGACAAUGGUAAAAUAUGUAUAAAGUAUGUGGUGUAUACACUGAGCUGCCAGUUUACUGGGGACACCCACCUUAUACAUCCCCCUGUACAUCAGUUUUACUAUAAUAUAGGUGCACAAUCACUGACUGACUGUGAGUUGUUCCGCACAGUGAAGGGCAGUGAUGCUGAACAGGUGUGUGUGUGUGUGUGUGUGUGUGUAGAUGGUAGGAGUGUUACAUCAAACAUAAAUACGCUAAUGCUUGCAGCAGGUGGAACUGUUAGUUUUAAGGGUAUAGUAAAUGUAUUCAUUCAUCCAGUCAUUGUCUGAUUUACCUCAGCUUUAUCCUGGUCAGGGUUGCGGUGACUCAGUCCAUCACAGGGCGCACACACACACACACACACAUUCACACACACACACAUUCAGCUCUAAAUGACUUGACUGCAUGCCGUUGGACUGUGGGAGGAAACCAGAGCACCCAGAAGUCAUUUAUUCAGACACAGGGAGAACAUGCAAACUCCACACAGAAAGGACCUGGUCCGUCCAGCCCAAAAAUCGAACCCAGACCCUUCUUGCUGUGAGGUGAGAGCAUUAUUUUCCAUGUGGGAAUUCCCAGGUGAAGCGGUCCGGGUGCUUUUUGUGUGGACUUUGCAUGUUCUCCCCGUGUCUGAAUCAUGGGCAACCUGUAAAUAUCCAUCCUGGCAUGAAUGGAACCAAAGUAUAAAACGUGACCUUACAAUCCUAAUUAUCAAACGAAUGAUACGUAUUAAUAUGCUCACAGGUUCUGGCCUGCAUAGCUCAGUGUUUAGCGCCUCUAACACCCAGUUCAGCUGUGAUAAUUAGCUGAUAAGGUAGAUCAGGUGUGUUGAAAGCUUCUACACACACAGACGCUACAGACGUGACUUCUGUAUAACCACAGUACUAAUGAGGUGAGAGGUCGGCGUGCCUGAUCAGGUUCAGCUCAGUGUGUUUACACGUACCAGAACAAUCAGUGUGAAACUAUAAAAGUGUUACUGAUGUCGUUAAUCCUGCAGUAUGAUCCUGGCACAAGGAUGUUAGAAGAGCUUUAAUUACACACAGCUCCGAUGGUCCUCGUUCAUUUCUGCACUUUCUCUUCUGGGUUCCUAAUUGAACACGUCUGGUUCUGGUCGUUAGUUUGGAUCAGUCUCUGCAUGCGCUGGGGAUGAAACACUGAACACAUGCUGAUGAUCUCAUUUCCAGAAAUACACUAUACAGACAAAAGUACUGGGACAUUCCUUCUAUUAUUUAAAUUCAUGUGUUCAUGGCGGAACUGUUAGUUUUAAGGGUAUAGUGCAUUCAUUAUUCAUUCAUUGUCUGUUUUACCUCAGCUUUAUCCUGGUCAUGGUUGCGGUGACUCAGUCCAUCACAGGGUGCACACACCCACAUACACACACACAUUCACAAUCAGCUCCAAAUGACUUAACUCCCUUUCUCUCACAACCAUAUAAAUGUUCUUUGACGUAAGGGGCACAAAUUCCCACAGACAUCAUUUAUAGUCUGUGGCCACACAGAGGUCAGUCUGUUUUAAUAGCAUUCAUGUUUAAAAUUGACAUUCAACCAGCUCAUGGUCAGCUGUCCAAAAGUCCAAAUAGUGUAUGCUCAGAAACAAAAAUCGUUCCCUCCAGACACAAUCAAACGAUUUCCUUCAUAUUCUGUGUUAUUAUAAUACAAUUAAAAUCACAACAUGAUCUGACUUGCAGAACUAAAAUUAAUGUUAUUAUUAGUAUUAUUAAUAGUAAUAUGUAAUAGGAACCCAAUUCAUGAGCACUGCCAAAACUUUAUACAUUCAUUUAAUUUUCUUUAACCGCUCAGGGUCGCAGUGGGUCCAAAUGUUCCAGUUAUUUAGUAAUAAAAGAGCAACUGGGUGCUCGGGUGGCACAGCACCACCGACAUGACCAGGCAUCCACACAAACACUGCUGUUCAUGUUUGAAGCAGGGAAGGUCGGAUUAGAUUUCUUGCAUGAAUGCGUUUGUGUGUGUGUGUGUGUGUGUGUGUGUGUGUUAAGCAUCAUGAAGCUUAGCGUGGCUCUCUGUAUGCAACAUGGCUCAGUGUGGGAACCCAACACAGGCAGGUAGAAAGAAGCAGCGGUAGAUUAAACACAUGUUGAAGGUGGUGUGUGGUGAUCCCGGCUCUCCAUGGUCAGAUUGGAUGGUUGUGUGAGCAGCAGCAAAUUCACAAUCAGGAACUGAAAGCAAGUCAAAUCGCAGAACUGCAACAAAAAAAGUAAAUAAUGAAUAAAUAAAUAAAUAAAUAAAUAAACUAAAAUUAUGUUCAAUACAAGUUUAUGUACACUCACUCACUGUCCUAACCGCUUAUCCAAUUAAGGUCGGGGGACCUUAAUAUACACACAUACUCACACACACACACAUAUACACACUAAUUAACCUAUAGGGCAAUUCAGUGUCUCCAAUUAACUUGACUACAUGUUUUUGGACUGUGGGAGGAAACCGGAGCACAGGGAGAACAUGCAAACCACACAGAAAGGACCCAGACUGCCCAGCCUGGGGAUCAAACCCAGGAUCUUCUUGCUGUGAGGCAACUGUGAGGCAACAGUGCUACCCACCGAGCCAAAGUUUAUGAAAACUUUAGAUUUUUAUAAUAUUUUGUUUUGAUAUACUAUUAUUAUUAUUAUUAUUUUAUUAUUACUAUUAGUAGUAGUAGUAAUGCCUGUGAUGGACUGGCGACCUGUCCCGGGUGGUUCCUGACUUUCAGACCCACCACGAUCUUGAUUAGGAUAAAGCUUUGGUAAAACAUACAAUCAUGAAUAUUAUAAGCAAGUGAUUGAUUGGCGUUCUGUCUAGGGUGCAUUAAUGCAUUGUGCCGAGUAAUUCCGGGGAAGCUAGACCCACUGCAACCCUGACCAGGAUAAAGCGAUAAUAAAACUUGUUUUGAUUAGCAGCAGUGCGUUGUGAUCUCAGCACCUGUCUGUUCUGAACUUGUGGCUGAACAGAGCACAUUUACUCUAGUUAAGAUCUUUAACUAAAUUCUGGAUAUACGACACAUUUAAAUUGUUUCAUUUCGUCUUUAAGUGGCUGUUUUGUUCUCUAAACGACCGUCUGCGGUUGUGUGAAAUGUUUACAUGUCUGAUCUAUUACACUACACACAUGUUCAUUAGUGUUUAUUUGUACGUGCACUGUUCCAGGCUUGGCAUGGCGCUGCAUGCUCUUCUCCUGUAUCGUUAAAUGAAGCAUAAUUAUGCAUCUCAUUUUUCUUCUGUAUGAUUUUGUUAGGUGACCUGUCUUCAAGUCUGUUACUAUAAACUUUAAAAAAGAAAAAAAUGUAGAUUUUUGUCUAUGAUAGAACUAUUUUUGCUAAAUUGAUGCUGUAUUCUACAAUUAAAGCAAUUCUGAAUUUUA